AUGGGACAAGCAGAUGAAAACGCGUCGUCCCCAACGGGAAACAGAGAUGAAGCUAUCGCCAUAGUAGGCGAACAGCAACAUGCCAUUGAUCCCAUCGUCGCCGCGCGCGCAGUCAGAAAGAUUGACAUCUUUCUCAUCCCCGCCAUGAUCGUCGGCUAUGGCCUCGUAUACUACGACAAAGCUAUUCUCGGCUCAGCCGUCCUCUUCGGCAUGACAACAGAUCUGGACCUCACAGUCGUGGAUGCCUCAACUACGCCUCCAACCGUAGACACGCGACGUCUCAGCUGGGCCACCUCGCUCUUUUACUUUGGGAUGUUGGCGGGCUUAUAUCCCAUGACAUUCGCCCUGCAGCGCUUCGAUAUAGGACGUGUACUCGGCGGCGUGGUUGUUGUUUGGGCUACUAUAUGUAUGCUCACAGCCGCAGUAACGUCCUACCAAGGUCUCUACGUACAGCGUUUCUUCCUCGGUUUUGUCGAGAGCAUUAUUCCAACUGGCUUCAUGUGCAUCGUCUCUGGAUACUAUACCCAAGCAGAGCAGUCUUUGCGACAAAGCUGGUGGUUCUCAUCAACGGGAAUAUUUACUAUCAUCGGUGGAGCGCUCAAUUAUGGAUUUGCACAGAUCACGGGCGGUGGUUUAAAGAGAUGGCAGUAUAUCUACCUCCUCGCAGGAUCACUAACGUUUCUGUUUGGGCUUUUCUGCUUCAUCAUGCCAAAUUCGCCCGUUACAGCAUGGUUUCUCACUUCAGAGGAGAAAUUCGCUGCCGUGGAGCGUUUAAGGCAUGGACAAACUGGUGUGCGAUGUACAAAGUUCAAAGGGUCACAACUAAAAGAAGCCCUCCUCGAUGUUAAGAUUUGGCUCAUCGCUCUCAUGAUGGCUUCAGCGUACACCGUCAACGGAGCAGUUAGUGGUUUCGGACCUCUCAUCGUAUCGACGUUUGGUUGGAGCACGCUUCACUCUAUUCUCUUCCAGUUCCCCCUUGGUGGGCUCUGUUUCAUCGUCAUUCUCCUGACGGGCUGGCUGGGAUCCAAAUUCAACAACAUUCGCAUCUUCAUGCUCAUUUUUACAUGUCUACCUGUAAUUGCAGGCUGCGCUAUCAUUUGGAAGAGCGAGUGGUCGUAUCGGGCUGCUGCGCCUGUGGUGGGAUAUUCUAUCACGGGAUUCUUUGGUGGCACGGUCAGCCUAAUCAUCACCAUUGGAAUGUCCAACGUCGCCGGCCAUACCAAGAAGAGUUUCAUGGCGGCUACGAUCUUUGUUGCGUACUGUGUUGGAAACAUUGUUGGCCCUCAGCUUGUUUGGAGUCAGACCAAGAAAGAUCAUUAUCCUGCUCUAUGGUUGGGUCUGAUCAUCUGUUAUAUCAUCUGUAUUCUCGCUUCAACUACACUGUACUUUGUACUUCGUAAUGAAAAUAGGAGGAGAGAUGCGCUUGGCCUGGGAGAUGAGAGCGAGCGAGCCAAGUUGGCUUUCCAGGACUUGACGGAUAAGGAGAACCCUUAUUUCCGCUAUGUGUACUAA